CGUACAGUUUUAGUGCCGUGCGUCAGGAGAGAAGGGCAAGACGGAAUUAUCGGAAUUAUCGCCGACCUUCUUGCCUCAACGACCAUUUUGUACCCCUGCAAGUGCGACAACCAGUGCCACCACUAUGACGACUGUUGCCAGGACCUCGCAAGCAGCAAGGCGGCGACACACUCCUUUCCUAAGAAGUGCCUUCCUCUCCAUCCGUCAGGACCUUUCACAACUCGAAGGAACGUCUUCAUGAUAGCAGAAUGCCCUGAGGACGUACCGGCUCACCUCUCUGCCAGAUGUUCCAAGAAGUCAGAGUACACGUACCUCAUGGAUAUCCCCGUCAUAUCUGCAACUACGGACAUCGUCUACACCAACAUCUUCUGUGCUAGAUGUCACCGUGAUGUCCUUAUUGAGGAAUUCAAUUUCGCCAUUAUGUGCUUGCAGGAUAUUCUGAAUGACACGAGAGCGCUGGCCAACAUGACAUACAACCCAGGCACUCUGUAUUGGACAACAGAUGAUGCCUUGAUUCACGGUCGGCGAGAUAUUCGCAAUUCUCAGUCGAGUCCUUUUGGCAAUGGCAGGGUGAAUAACCUUGAGGGCAACGACCACAACAAGUGUUAUCUGAUAGUGGAUUACGGGGAGUCUGUAGGACGGUCUUGUGAGCUCAACUUGGUGGAGGAGUGCAGUGCCGACUGGCCACAAGAUGACAUCAGGAGGAGGUGCUCUUCUUACAACUACUAUGUCUCUUACGAGGCUAAACCGUACAAGAAUUAUGACUGUGCUUUGUGCAAUCGCGUGGCAGAGGAUAAGAUAGAGUGUUUGUCGAAAUUUCACCCAGUUGGGAGGAACCCUUUGCCGCCCCCACCGUCCCUGACUGACUUAUUUACAGUAGAUGGGGACUGCGAGGAGGACCAAGUGUGGGACGCUCUUUAUCGUCGCUGUGAACACGUGUCCUGCGGCUACCUCUUCACCCUGCAGGACGGGGUGUGUGUGAGCAACAACAGGACAGCUGGAAAAGACAGUCGCUCUUACCUCAACUCCACAUGUUACACGACCGAAUUCAGGCGUAACUACAGUGCCAUGUUUCCAAAUCAAAGUGUUUACCUGAACUAUACGGAAAAAAUUUACGAUUUCGGCGAGUACGAAUUCGUCAAUCACUCCUGGAUUAGAGUAUGUCGUCCCGAGACCCUCUGGACCCCCGCCAUGAACAUCAUUUCCACGGUGCUUAUCAGCAUCUCCCUCGUCUGCAUGCUGCUUCACAUACUCAUCUUCUUCGCGCUGCCUCGGAGGCAGAACAUCCCUAGCAUGAAUCUGUUCUCGAUGACGUGUUCCCUCUUCAUCGCAGAGCUCCUCUUCGUUACUCUCUUCCGUCUGAACGAGAGCUACCCCGCCUGCGUCGCCAUCGCCUCCGUCAUGUACUACUUCCUGUCUGCGUCAUUCCUCUGGAUGAACGUCAUGAGCAUCGACAUCUGCCGAACGUUCCACUCCAACAGGUACAAAAUCAAAUCUAAGAAGAUCUUCAUCCAGUACUCAAUCUACGCCUGGACGGUCCCGUUAGUGAGCACCGUCAUCGCCGUCUUCGUGGACCAGCUCUCCUCCGAGACCUUCGUGCUGACGCCGCAGUUCGGGACGCACAACUGCUGGUUCAACAACAAGUGGGGCCUCGUCGUGUUCUUCACCUUCCCGUCCGGCCUCGUCGUCCUCUUCAACAUGGUGCUCUACGGGAUCUCCGUCUAUGACAUCUACAGGCAGCACACGUCGGGCGAGUUCGCCUCGUCGACCGUGAGGAAGAACGGACCAGCCGAGAAGAAGAAAGCCGAGAGGGAGAGGGAGACGUUCCUGAGGAAGUCCGCCGCGGACGGCGCGGAGACCAUCGCCCCGAAGGACAAAAGCAGCGACGAGAGUGACUCGUGCCGGUACGCGGACCGCAUCAAGGAGCGGAUCCAGAGGAGAAUCCAGGCUCACAAGAAGCAGCGGAUCCGCCUGGUCCUCUACUGCAAGCUUGCGCUCAUGAUGGGCAUGACGUGGAUCUUCGCCUUCGUGUCCAUCCACACGCAGUCGCUCGUCUUCGAGUACCUCUUCAUCAUCUUCAACGGGCUGCAGGGAACCUUCAUCUUCAUUGCUUUCGACUGCAAGCAGAAACAAUGGGACGAACUCAAACAAAGAUUCAGAGGAGAGACAGUCUUGCAGAGUGGAGCUAAGUCGUCCUCAAGUACGAAACAGACGUCAAUGACGAUCUCUUCGUCAGGUCACUACAAGUACCGUUGGUCUUCCAAUCAACGGCAACAGGACAGGGCUACUUGGUACUCUUCCAACGCACAAGGACAGGCAUAAUUCGAUGAUAUCGAGUUAUUCGUGAUAUGACACGAAAGAAUAAACAACUCUAGUAAGUGGAGAUAUACAUACUCCCAAGUGGUUAGAUUACCUAAUUUUCUUAGGGUUAUAUAUAAUCUGAAGGGCUGACAGUUGAGCCUGGAGGGCUGGGUAGUUGAGCCUGGUCAACUAUGGUUCUGUAUAUUCCGACAUGAAGUUAUGGAGAACUUAGCAAAUUAGUGAUUCUUGAUAGAGGACUUAAUUACCUAGAAAUGUUCGUAAUAUGAAUAAGGAACUUGAUUAAUCACAGACUAAUCAUAACACGACGUAAAAGAAUGAAAAUUGUUAACUACCGGUUAUCCAUUCCAAUACUCAGCUUCCAUCCUUGGCCAUGUAUUUGUCUGUAAUCCGAAUGAUGUCGACUGUAUAUAGAAUAUAUGUAAAAUAGAUGAAGAUAAACAUUUCCUUUCUCUCUCUUCUUUAAGGAAAACGCACAUACACACAGGAUAUAUCUGUAAGCACCAUACAUAUUACCUGAGGCGUGUUCUGAACUUAGUUCGAACAAACUCGAUAUAACUAGCGGAUUACGAACUACAGCACAGAACGCCUGUGAAUCAAUGGACUUACACAAGUCAUGGCGUGUCUGCCUAUUCUCUUGGUUAAAACAGUACACGUGCAUAGUUGUUAAAUAUUAGAUAUAUCUAAUAUUUACCUGCUUGUGUCGUUGCUAAAUGCUGCCCUUUCACAGGCAUAACAGAUGCUUCAUAAUGCCUUCGUAGGAACACGUCCCAUUGAUUACAGUUUCAAAGAAAAUGCGAUGGUGUCAAGUGACCUUUCUUACCUCUGUGCUCUGAUUUUAUGAAGGAAAUAUAUUGCUUGUCCUUUCGAUGUAUAUAAAGGCUGAAGGGGCUACUCUAUGUAUACUUUGUGUAUUAUAUUUUUGUGUAUCGUAUUUAUUACUGUAUCUAAGUCGGCUUUUAGGAAGCAUCAAUGAUACUUUAUUUUAUGCAUUUGCAUUUUGUGUAUAUUGUGGUCAGAGUUGUGUCCAUAUUUUGUAAUACUGUUUUAUGAUUAUAUUUUUGGCGAUUUGGCAUACUUAGUAUCUCUCUCUCUCUCUCUCUCUCUCUCUCUCUCUCUCUCUCUCUCUCUCUCUCUCUCUCUCUCUCUCUCUCUCUCUCUCUCUCUCUCUCUCUCUCUCGCUCUUGUCCCUUCCUUUGACAACGACCAACACACUCUGCUGAUACUAUUUCGCGCCUUCGUGGUCAUAACGCACAAUGAAACUUGUUGCAUGUUCAUGAAACGCUUGAGGGUAAUACACUUGAAAAAAUAUGUAUCAUGACGUCUAGUUUUUCUAGAUGAAAAAGAUGUACAAUGAAAUAAGAAGUAAAGGUGACUAUGAUAGUAACUAUAU